CGGCUCGGCUCAGCCCGGUUCGGCCCCGCUGCGCCCCGUCCGUCCCGGUUCGGCCCGGCCCGGCCCGGCCAUGGGCUGGCCCGUGCUGCUGACCGCGGCCGCGCUGCUGGCCGCCGCCGCCGCCGCCUGGGAGCCCUCGGCCGAAGAGGAGCAGCUGUUCAAGGCCUGGAUGCUGCAGAACGAGCGGCGCUACGGCCCCGAGGAGUACCCGCGCCGGCUGCGCAUCUUCGUGGGCAACAAACGGCGUGUGGAGCGGCACAACGCCGGCAGGCACAGCUUCCAGAUGGGCCUCAACGAGUUCUCGGAUCUGACCUUCGCGGAGUUUAAAAAGCGGUACCUGUGGAGUGAGCCGCAGAACUGCUCAGCCACCAAGGGGAACUUCCUGCGCAGCUCUGGGCCACGUCCCGACUCUAUCGACUGGAGGAAGAAGGGGAAUUUCGUGACACCCGUGAAGAACCAGGGUGCCUGUGGGAGCUGCUGGACCUUUUCCACCACGGGCUGUUUGGAGUCUGCUAUUGCCAUUGCCACGGGAAAGCUGCUCUCUCUGGCAGAGCAGCAGCUGGUUGAUUGUGCCCAGGCCUUCAACAACCAUGGCUGCAGUGGGGGCCUGCCCAGCCAAGCCUUCGAGUACAUCCUGUACAACAAGGGGCUCAUGGGGGAGGACAGCUACCCCUACCGGGCCAAGAACGGCACCUGCAAGUUCCAGCCGGAGAAGGCCAUUGCCUUUGUCAAGGAUGUGAUCAAUAUCACGCAGUAUGAUGAGGACAGCAUGGUGGAAGCUGUGGGGAAGCACAACCCAGUGAGCUUUGCCUUUGAGGUGACGAGUGACUUCAUGCACUACAGGAAAGGAGUGUAUUCCAACCCCCGCUGCGAGCACACCCCUGACAAGGUGAACCACGCCGUGCUGGCCGUGGGCUACGGAGAGGAGGAUGGCACUCCUUACUGGAUCGUCAAGAACUCCUGGGGCCGCCUGUGGGGCAUGCAGGGGUAUUUCCUUAUCGAACGAGGCAGGAACAUGUGUGGCCUGGCUGCCUGUGCCUCCUACCCCGUUCCUCAGGUGUAGCAGGGCUGGACAGACGGAGGCUGCUGCAGGGGCUGAGGCUGCCGGGGGAGAGCACAGCCAGUGCCACGCCUGUCUGCUGGAUGUGUCACUGCUGGCAGUGUCACCGCUGGCAGUGCCACCCUCUGGCAGUGCCACCCUCUGGCAGUGUCACCCGCGGGCAGUGUCACCCGCGGGCAGUGCCACCCGCUGGCAGUGCCACCCGCUGGCAGUGUCACCCGCUGGCAGUGUCACCCGCGGGCAGUGCCACCCGCUGGAAGUGCCACCCGCGGGCAGUGCCACCCUCUGGCAGUGUCACCCUCUGGCAGUGUCACCCGUGGGCAGUGCCACCCGCGGGCAGUGCCACCCGCUGGCAGUGUCACCGCGGGCAGCCUGGCUCGCACACCCAGCCAGGUUCUCCUGCAGCAGCCCAGCUGAGCCUGCCCUCUCCAGCCAAACCCUGGCUGCUGGAGUGCCCCUGCCAGGUUCCCUCUCCUGCUGUGCCCAGCUGUGCCCAGCUGUGCCUCACACAUCCAUCCCGGGACACCCGCCUGAAGGGAAGCCCCGCAGGAGCCCACUUGGAGCUUGCACCCGUCCCUCGGGUGGCUUUUCUGCAAUCACCACGUGUAAAUUUUAGCGAUUUUAAAAUUUACUUUGAAGGCCGUUCUUUAAAGGAAGGAUGAGCGAGUGCUGUGAUUUGUACACUUUUAUCGAUUUUGAUGAAAUGCUUGCUAUAUUUUGUAUUAAAAACCAGGGUAUUUUACUGCACACAGAGAAGAAACGGGUGAUUUUUCUUUACCCCACCAGCGAAGACGCCAGAACCCCGGUGCCGAUUCCGACCAGGCGCUGGGGAAAUGAAGCCGCGUGUGAGCAGGGGCACGUCUGUGUUGUUUCACAAUGAAAUCUGUCACUGACAAUAAAGCUGCCUCGUCACCGGA